AGAAAAUAUACACCAAAAACCUAACCUCCUAAAAUUUAGGGUGAAAAAUUGGAAGAUCGGUAUGGCAAAUUGGGACGAUCAGGGGCACAAAUGAAUAUUUUCAGCGUAUCAUUAAGACCCUUCACAUAUUCAAGAAAACUUUAGAAUUCAUCUCGAAAUCUCCGUGGUAUAAAAUUAUCCUAGGUCCAGAAGUAAUUUGGAUUUCAUUCUUGCAACAUUAAAACUGGAUAUCAUAAGCCAUGUACCGAAUUUUUGUAACUAAAAUUUCAGCAAAUUCCCUUAGAAAAAAAGCUAAUUUACAUUACCCUCAAAGUCUUCGACAGCAUCGGUUUGCCAGUGACAAAACGAACGUAUGUCCUCCGCCGAAGAAGAAACACAAUUCAGGAGCAUUUUACACUGUUGGAUUCUUCACAUUAAUCGGAGGAGGUACAAUAGCCUACGCGAAAUAUGACCCAAACUUUCGACAAUGGUUAGGCGCAAAUGUACCAUUAACGGACGGAUUUAUUAAAUUUCUAUUUCAAGAGGAACGAACGUAUUUGGAAAGCUUCACGGAUGCUUUAGAUUCCAUUAAGGGGUCAGUGUUGGGCGUUUUUGUGGGCGCGAAGAAGACCAAAGUUUCAUCGGAUAUACCAGUGACUCCCAAGGAUUAUCAUCCUCCUAGUCCCGCCUUUUCUAAGCUAGCGGAUUCGAAGAAAGAGGAAGCGCCAUAUAACGAAAUACGAGUUGAAAAAGUCGACAAAGAGAAAACCGAAGUCACAAUUGGUGGUGAUAAAAAACCGGCAGAAAAUUUAUAUCCGAGUCAUCCGAAGAAGAUUUUGGAACUCGAGACGAAAAUUGGAGGUCUGGCUUCGGAAGCCGUUCAGGCUUACAACAAAGCAGUUACAGCGUUACGGAAUUACAGUAAAAAUGUGGAAGUAGUAAUAGAGAAUUCCGUCGAACGUUUAGAUCCCGAAAUAUGGAAUUCGUUGAGACAAAAGACGAAAGCAAAGGAGCAGACGACGCGCGAAGCGGAGCAAUUGUAUAAGGAAACCCAACAGCACAUCAAACAGUUAGAGUCCAUCUUGCAACAGCCCGAUUUUCAAGCACCUGACGUGACCAAGAAACAGGCCCAGAUAAAUAUUACAAGGGUGCAGGAGGAUAUUAGGAAAGCCAAGGACGAAUUGGACGAGUUGAGCAGGAAUUUAAGUCUUACGGAUAAAUAUUGGAGCAAAGUGGAGGAGGCUCGAAAUCACUUCAUAGAAGAAAUCGAAACUUUAUUCCCCGGUGUAAACAUUCACGAUAGGAAAUUAACUUUGCAAGGCGGCGAGUUGGAUCUAUUUAUCUUGCACGCGUUCUCCAAUGUUUUGUUUUAUCAAAAAGAACUGUGCAAGUUGCAAGUAUUGGAGCAGCAAAAAAUUAGGGUUGCUUUGGAAAAUGCGCGCAAAGGAAAUGCGGAAUUGCUAACUGAUGCACAAAUUGAUCUACUCAUCGAUAAAGAGCGAAAAAAUUUAGCGUUAGAGUUUCAAAAAAAGUGUUUGGCGCUACGCGCGGAAUCUGAAAAGGAACUACGUCAUCAAUUGAAGGUGCAAUCGGAGGCAUUUGCGGACCAUCUACACGAUGCUUUGGAGUCGAAGGAAAAUGAGUUGGGGCGCAAUUUCGCCAGAGAUCUCGACGAAAAAGUCAUGGCCGAAAAGUGCAAAUUUAAAUUGCAGUUGUCAGCUUUGGCUGGUCGAGUAAGGGGAAUGGACCAAGUUUUCAAAGCUCGAAUGGAAUCUGACACAAUUAAAAAACAGUCGCAAUUAUUGUGGAGCGCCUGCCAGAGUCUGUUUCGUGCACUGAAAGCGGGUUGCCCGGGUGUGCCUUGGACAGAACAGCUGAGGCCUUUGGAGUCCGAAAUAACGGCGGUGAAAAAUGCGGCAGCUGAGACUGACGAACUUGUCAAAACUGUGUUGUCUGGAAUUCCGGCGAAAGCUAAAGAGAGGGGUGUUUUCCCUGAGGAUGCGCUAAGGGAGCGUUUUCUUAAAGUCGAAACUGUAGCGCGGCAACUCGCCCUGGUACCUGAGGGAGGUGCAAGAUUGCCGUUGCAUAUUUUAUCAUUUAUACAUGCGAUGUUGUUGGUUAAAGCUGCCAGUCCAAUACCGCAAGCUGAACUUGAAGAUUCGGAGGUAGACUUCCGUGGUCUUAGUACCAAUGACAUUUUACAGAGGGCCAGAUAUUGGAUUGAUCGAGGCGAUUUCGCACAAACGUUGCGAUAUAUGAAUUUACUAGAUGGUGCUUCAAGAAUCGUUGCUAGUCAGUGGAUUGAUGAAACCAGACUUCUUUUAGAAACUCAACAAGCAGCGAAUGUGCUACUGGCUCACGCGUCAGCGAGUGGUCUCAUGCACCUUUAGCUAAUCUAUUCCUAACCAAGUGUGUAACGAACACUACUUUUAGUUAUACUGUACAGUACUACUUGGUUUUGAAUAUAUUCAUAAUAAUGUUAAUAAAAAUAGAGAACACUUUUUGUUA